GCGCCUGGCGUGAGCUCAGGACCCCUCGGGCUGGGCUGGGCUCGGCUCAAGAUGGCGGCGCUGAGAGCGGUGGGGAUGUGGCGGCGCCUGUCGGGCCGGAGUCUGCGGCUCUCAGGUUAUAACUGCCACAACUUCACAGUUUCUUCAGCUACGAUGAAUAUGACCCAUAUUAACUAUGAACUUAAAGGAGAUGUGGCGGUUGUUCGCUUCAACACACCAAACUCUAAGGUGAACACCCUGUCCCAACAGCUACAAUCAGAAUUUCUUCAGAUAAUGAAUGAAAUCUGGUCAAAUGAUGCUGCUCGAAGUGUUGUUCUGAUCUCGACUAAACCAGGUUGCUUCAUUGCUGGUGCUGACAUCAAAAUGAUCGAACAGUGUAAAACUGCUGAAGAAGUGACGCAAUUAUCUCAGGAGGGACAGAGAAUGUUUGAAAAGAUUGAGAAAUCUGUCAAACCCAUUGUGGCUGCUAUAAAUGGUUCCUGUCUUGGUGGUGGAUUGGAGGUUGCAAUCGCCUGCCAAUAUAGGAUUGCAACAAAGGACAGAAAGACUGUACUAGGUACCCCAGAAGUCAUGCUUGGUUUGCUGCCAGGAGCUGGUGGCACUCAGAGACUGCCAAAAAUGGUUGGCCUUCCUAAUGCUUUUGACAUGAUGUUAACUGGGAGAAAUAUCCGUGCAGAUAAAGCAAAGCGAAUGGGUUUGGUUGACCAAUUAGUUAAUACAAUUGGGCCAGGUUUGAAGACUCCAGAGGAAGGGACCAUUGAAUACCUAGAAGAAACAGCAAUUCAUUAUGCCAGAGGAAUUGCAAACAAGCAGAUCUCACUUAAGCGGGAGAAAAAACUAUUUGACAAGUUGCAGGAUUGGGUUAUGAGUUUCCCUUUCAUUAGACAACAGAUCUACAAAAAGGUGGAAGAAAAGGUAAAGAAGCAGACAAAAGGACUCUAUCCUGCUCCAUUGAAGAUAAUUGAGGUAGUGAAGACUGGAUUGGAGAAUGGAUCAAAUGCUGGGUAUCUGGCUGAAUCGCAGAAAUUUGGAGAACUGGCAAUGACGAAUGAAUCAAAAGCUCUUAUUGGACUUUAUCAUGGGCAAGUUGCCUGCAAGAAGAACAAGUUUGGAAGUCCACAGAAGAACUUGGAGAAAGUGGCUAUUUUAGGUGCUGGUCUUAUGGGAGCUGGGAUUGCACAGGUCACUACAGAUAAAAAUAUUAGAACUAUUCUGAAGGAUGCUACUCUGGAAGGUCUUGAUAGAGGGCAACAGCAAAUCUACAAAGGGCUGACUGAUAAAGUGAAAAAGAAAUCAUUAACAUCAUUCGAGCGCGAUCAGAUUCUGUCAAACUUGAACAGUCAGUUAGAUUACAGUGGAUUUCACAACACGGACAUGGUGAUUGAAGCGGUAUUUGAAGACUUACAAAUCAAACAUCGUGUUCUGAAGGAGGUUGAAGCCAAUAUUUCUCCUGAUUGUAUAUUUGCCAGUAAUACGUCAGCUCUACCAAUUUCUAAAAUUGCCGCUGGCAGUAAGAGACCAGACAAGGUCAUUGGCAUGCACUACUUCUCACCUGUGGACAAGAUGCAGCUCCUGGAAAUCAUCACCACAGAUCAAACCUCCAAGGAUACAACUGCAGCAGCUGUAGCUCUUGGUCUGAAGCAGGGAAAAGUCAUCAUUGUCGUAAAGGAUGGCCCUGGUUUCUAUACCACAAGAUGUCUUGCACCUACGUUAGCAGAAGCGAUCAGAAUCUUACAGGAAGAGGGUGAUCCUAAGAAACUUGAUACACUUACAACUGGCUUUGGUUUUCCUGUUGGCAUUGCUACACUGAUUGAUGAAGUUGGUAUUGAUGUAGCAGCCCAUGUUGCAGAAGAUCUUGGGAAAGUCUUUGGCGCUCGAAUGGGAGGUGGAAAUGUAGAAGUACUAAAGAAUAUGGUAGCAAAGGGAUUUUUGGGACGCAAGUCAGGGAAGGGCAACUUCAUCUAUCAGCCCGGUUCGAAAACCAGAGCUUUGAAUCCAGGAGCAAAGGAAAUCCUAGAGCAGUUUAAGCUGCCUAUAAACCCUGCUGCUUCAUCAGAUAACGAUAUUCAGUUGCGCUUGGUGAGCAGAUUUGUGAAUGAAGCCGUUUUAUGCCUUCAGGAAGGAAUUCUAAGUGACCCAGUUGAAGGAGAUAUCGGUGCUGUUUUUGGGCUGGGAUUCCCACCAUGUCUUGGAGGGCCAUUCAGAUAUGUAGAUAGCUACGGAGCAAGCAAUCUUGUUGACAAGAUGAAGAAGUAUGAAAGUAUUUUUGGAAAUGAGUUCACACCUUGUCAGUUGCUGCUGGACCAUGCUAAAGACACUAACAAGAAAUUCCACCAUUAAACCAAAGCUUGCAGUUAACAAUUACUGAAUUAAUUCUGCUACAUAAAUAUGUAUAUAUAAACAAAAUUGUGAUGCUGUCAAGAGGUUCAGAUCACAUUUCUCUUGAGAAAUGUAUACAUAAGGUAGCACUGUUAAAUAAUUUCAUUGAUAUUAAAUGAGGUUCUUGAGUAUACAGUCUAAUUAUGCCCAUUUUUAAAAUUGAAUAGUUCAGCCUGAAUCUGCUUUGAUUAGUGCCUUCAGUUACACUAUGCAAGAAUGUGUUGUUGCCUAAAAUCACACCUUCAAUUUAUGCACUUAAUAUUGUAGAUUUGUUUCCACUCAAUUUUUUUGAAUCUUGGUAAGUUCGUAUUGUCAAUUUGUCUACUCGAGUAGUAAUGAUUGACGCCAUUUCAAUGCAAUGUGUAAAAAUAAAAGGUGUUUUGGAA